AUGGAAUAUUUUAGAAAUUUAGAAGAGACUUUGAAAGAUGUUGCUCCAUCAAAUAUACUCAAUUUUGACGAAACAAAUUUAACAGAUGAUCCAGGAUCUUCAAAAUGUAUAUUUAGGCGAGGAGUAAAAUAUCCCGAACGAGUGCUCAACUCAACUAAAGGAGCCAUUUCGCUGAUGUUCUCAGUUACAGCGAACGGGAGCUUGCUACCUAUUUACGUUGUCUAUAAGGCAGAGAAUUUAUAUUCUGAAUGGAUACAGGGCGGACCGCGUGGUACUAUGUAUAACCGCACAAGAUCUGGAUGGUUUGAUUCUUUUGUUUUUGAAGAUUACUUUAACACAACUAUUAUGGAUUGGGCAAAGUCUUUACCUGGUAAAAAGGUCAUUAUAUGCGAUAAUUUAUCAAGCCACUUAAAUGUGAGUGUUAUCGAAUUAUGUGAGUGUCACAAUAUUCAGUUUGUUUUCAUUCCAUCUAGCUCGACACACAUAACACAACCCCUUGACGUCGCUUUUUUUGCACCACUUAAAAAAGUGUGGCGAGCAAUAUUACUCAAGCAUAAAAUGGAAAAUCCCAACCAAACUACUCUGAAUAAGAAUCAUUUCCCAAAACUUUUACAUUCUUUAGUUGAUCAAGUUGAAAUAUAUUCAUCUAAAAUAUCAAAAGCGGAUUCAGAGCCACGGGGAUCUACCCAUUCAACCCAAGAGAAGUACUGA